GAGGCUCUAACACAUCUAGUUCACUUUCCCUUUUUUGGCAGUCGAUCACUUCGUGUAUACAUUAUAUCCUCUUUGUCGUUGUUGUAUUAGCCUCUACCUAUUCGAACAUACUCCCUAAUACCGGCCUAACCAUCAGUCAUCAUGGCUGCCGGCACACCACAGUCCUCGGGGUCAUCGACGCCGAUGGCAAUGGAUAUCGAAUCUCAAAACACCCAAGUCAGCAGAGUUUCGCAUUGGUACCUCCUACUCAAUCCUGGCGGCGUCACCGAUGCCGUCCGCAACCACCACUAUGAGGGCGAGGGCACACACGAGAAGCCCUACAUCGUCGACUUCUUACCCGUCGACGGACACAACGCCAUGCAAUAUCCCAACUGGAAGAAGUGGACCAUCACCAUCCUACAAGCCGUUGCCACCUUGGCCGUUGCCUUCGUCAGUACCGCGUUUUCUGGAGGCAUCAGGGAGAUCAUCAUUGGGUUCGGGGUCAGCACAGAGGUCGCCAUCUUGGGUGUUUCUCUUUUCGUCCUUGGUUUCGCCGUCGGACCGGUACUAUGGGCGCCCCUCAGCGAGUUUUACGGUCGCCAGAUUCUCUUCUUCCUCACCUACAUGGCCUUGACAGCAUUCAACGCUGGCGCUGCUGGUGCCCAGAACAUCGGGACCCUCAUCGUCCUUCGAUUUCUCGCCGGUACCUUUGGUGCCUCGCCCUUGACCAACUCGGGUGGUGUUAUUGCUGACAUGUUUACUGCCAAGGAGCGUGGUAUUGCUUCCGGUGUCUUCGCCAUGGCUCCCUUCCUGGGUCCCUCGAUCGGCCCCAUUGUCGGUGGCUUUUUGGGACAAGCCGAGGGCUGGCGCUGGGUUGAAGGUGUUAUGGCCAUCUUUACCGGCGUCCUCUGGAUUGCCUGCUCCCUCACUGUCCCCGAGACCUACGCCCCCGUUAUCCUCCGUCGCCGUGCCAAGAACCUUACCAAGGAGACCGGCAAACUCUACGUCUCCCGCCUCGACCUGCAAACUCGCCACCAAAGCUUCGGACAACAGAUCAAGAUCUCGCUCCUUCGCCCCUGGAUCUUGCUCUUCACCGAGCCCAUCGUCCUUCUCACCUCGCUUUACAUGGCCAUCGUCUACGGCACCCUCUACAUGAUGUUCGCCGCCUUCCCCAUCGUCUUCCAGCAGAUCCGCGGCUGGAGCCCUGGCAUCGGCGGCCUCGCCUUCGUCGGUGUCGCCGUCGGCAUGAUGCUCUCGGUCGGCUACUCCAUGUUCGACAACAAGCGCUACGCGCGCGUCGCCGACAAGCACGGCGGCAUGGCGCCUCCAGAGGCACGCCUGCCCCUCGCCAUCGUCGGCUCCAUCCUCCUGCCCGUCGGUCUCUUCUGGUUCGCGUGGACCAAUGGCCCCGAAGUGCACUGGAUCGUGCCCAUCAUUGCGUCCGGCUUCUUCGCCGGCGGCCUGGUCAUGGUCUUCCUCAGUCUCAUGGGCUACCUGAUCGACUCGUACACCAUUUUCGCCGCCUCCGUGCUGGCCGCCAACUCGGUUCUCCGCUCCCUCUUCGGCGCCGCCUUCCCGCUCUUCACCACCUACAUGUAUAAAAACCUCGGCAUCCACUGGGCUUCGACCAUCCCUGCCUUUUUGGCGCUCGCUUGUGUGCCGUUCCCCUUCCUCUUCUGGAAGUAUGGCCACUUGGUCAGGAUGAAGUGCAAGUACGCUGCUGAGGCGGCGCAGGCGCUCGCGAAGAUGAUGGCGGCUGCCAAGACGAGACAGGAGCAGCAAGAGGGCAGGAGCGGAGCUGCUGCACAGCAGCAGCCGCAGGUUGCUGUUCCUGCCGGUGUCGCGGAGGAGAACGAGGAGGUGUUGGAGACGAAGGAGGCUUAUGCCAAAAUCCCUGUGAUGUUGGUCAUGAGCGAUGAUGAGAGGACGGUAAACGGGUCGGGGAAUACGACGGAAAUGGAGGAGGAGAAGGGUGAGAAGAGGGUUUGAGUUUGAGUGGAGGGACACUGACUUCUUGAUCUCCUCCACCUCACAUCCUCCCAUCAUCUCAUCUCAUCUCAUUUCAUCUCAUCCCCUUUUUAACCUCACUUCACUUC